AUGUUAAGAACCAGGCGUUUUCUUGUCGCGUUAACAAAGUGCCGCGAUCAAAAAUCUAGCUCCCUCUUUUCAUCUUCUUGGUACAUCAUUCGUAGGAGUGUUUCACGGGAAGAUACAAACAUGUCUGGAAAAUCGUUACCGAAAUGGAUUCAGCCAGAAGGGACAGGAGAACUGAAGCUAUAUAACAGUCUUACCCGUGAAAAGGUUAGAUUUUUCUUAUUUCCUCUAUGUUUUCCUUCUUUCGUUUUCUUGGUGUAGUGUGGUCUGAUGCAAUAUUUGCUAGCUGGCUCAGUUCAUGGCACGGAUCAACCAAUCACGCUUAUAUACGUUUCUACACCAACUCCAAGGUCUGUGUUGUCUUACAAAGGAAAUACUAUAACCCAUAAAUUAUAUCACUUUUUUUUUUUUACUUUUUUAAAUGUAACUCUUUUUAAGGUCUAUCAAUAAUUUACAAAACUACAGUUGGUGCCCCUACACAUUUUUUUAUUUUUUUUUACGAAACGUCACAUGGUACAGGGCAAGCAAUAUGAAGUGGGACCUUAAAAACCUUCUUUAGCCUUUAUUCAUGAAUAAUUAGGGCUAGAAGACAAAGGAAAUUGAGAAUCUACGUAGGUUAAAAAAAUUUAACCUGAAUAAAAUUUUGACCAGUACCAUAUGUCCCUUUAAGACCCAAUAUCAACAUAUAAAUUCUCCAUACUGAUCUUCUUACAUUUCUUUAAAGAAUUAAUUGAGAGAGUUUGAUAACAGAUAAAAGCAUUUUCUCUUUAGUGAUCAUUUUAUGAACUCUCAUAACCAUUUCUCUUGGCAACAUGUGGAUAUUGUUAGCAGAAAGUUGAUGUUGGUCACUAUGGGACUUAAAGAGAUAACAGACACAUAAGGACAGUGAAUUUGGCACAGAGCAAAGCUGCACUUCUUUAAAGUGGAGAGUGACAUAUCAGACAGGUCUUCAUACUAUACUGGAUAGAGCUCUUUCAUCUUGUAAAGUGUGAACAUAGCCUUAUAAGGGCAAUUUUAUUUUAAUUUAACCAAUCCUCACUGAAUUAUGUAGCUGGAAAAUACCAUAUAUCUUAUUUGCACCUUAAUUCUAGCUCAGAAUAUUUCUUCUUCCCACAUGAUGCUGAGGCACUUAAAAACUCAAUGAUAUUUCUCAUGUUUUGUGAACACUAUCUACUCUCUCUCUGCUCAGCUAAGGCACUCAUGGGGGUUUCCAGUAAUGCCAACAGCCCAGGGGCCCCACUCACAUAUUUUAAUGACAGGGGGUGGGGUCCGACAGAGGUUCAUAUUUUAUACCCAAAAAAAUCCCAACUUCAGAAUUUGUCUACCCAAAAAAAUCCCUACUUUUUUUAGCAUACCCAAAAAAAUCCCUCAGUGUUUUUGCAUCAGCAAAUUUUAUUAUUUAUCUUCUGGAAAGCUAAAACAUACCAACUUCAACUUUGGUUUUGGUCAAAAACAAAACUAUAAAUUGCGCUUAUGUUAUUUUUGAUUUGAGCUGAUGAAAAAUACAAUACCCAAAAAAAUCGCUGUGUUGUUUUCGCGACCCAAAAAAAUCCCGGCGUCUUUCAUAGACCCAAAAAAAUCCCUUCUGGCCAAAAUGUCAGCCCCAAAAAAAUCCUUUAGACCCCCCCAUCAUUAAAAUAUGUGAGUGGGGCCCCUGGGGCCAACAGUCUACCUCCACGUGCUUCCAAGCUUUGCGGUCCUUUGCCAAAGUACAAAUUAUAGAGGAAGGGGGGGAAAGCCUCCCCCAUCCCUACCUAACCAAUGUUGUGCUGCUUUCAAGCUAAUUUCAGAAAACAACAAACAAGCCAACUUCUCCCUCCCCUCCCUAUCCCUCCUUCCCCUUCUCCUCCCCUACCACUCUCUCUUUGCAUCCCUUUCAGGGGCAUAGCCAGCUUUUGUAGGCCUGGCUGACUUCAUUUCCACAUAUCUUGAAAACUGCAUGCAUGACUAGUAUAAGCACUGACCUCACCAACACUUUGAGCUCUUAAGCUUUUUAGCUUACCCCAACAAUGCAUGAUUUAUUACAAGCAGUAGAGUGAUCAAACCAAAACAGCUACAGGUCUAUGGGCUGGCUAUGCCCCUGCCUUUACUCACUUUCCACUCUCAUACACUCACUGUUUCUCCUAUCUGAAGAUGAUUGAUGUAAAGAACCUGCAGUACUGCCUAUUUUUGUAAAAUUAACAAGUUAAUAUUCAAAUAUAUAUUCUUACUGAUGAGAGAAAGUUUUUUCUUUGUACAUUAGAAUGUCUUUGUACCUCAAAAUGGCAGAAGGGUAUUUUGGUACAGUUGUGGGCCCACAGUUUAUGAUGCAUCUCACAUGGGACAUGCAAGGUAAAGUGGAUUUAUAAACAAGACACUGUCAUGUACAAAUAUAAUGGGCUGACUUUUUAGUAGCAUUUUUUACUAGCCCAGUUUCAAAUUCAUUGGAACUGCUGAAUAAAGGACUUAUUUAUACAGGGUUAGCUUCAGCCUAAGGUAAAUGUGUUCACAAAUUCCAGGCAGAAGACAACCUGUGUACAAAUGAGUCUAUUGUUUUGAACUCAAAUUCAGGAACCUGCACACUGGUAUUUGUCAAUUUUACUUUAGGCUGAGGCUAACCCUGUAUAAAUUCUGAGUCUUCAGUGCUUCCAUUCAACGAAUUCAAUACUGGACUAUUGGAGAAAUUCUUAGUACUCUCUUAUUGGUUGAGACCUUUUUCUUUCAAUACUUGAAAGUGAACAAUUAUUGUUCACUGUAGACAAUGAAAUGGUGCACUGUUGGCAAUUUUAUUGUUUGUUCUUCACUUGCUUCAGAAAAUAGUUGCAUUUUUUGAACAUUUUUAAUUUACCCUAGUGUAGUUCCAGCCUCAAGUUUUGAAUAUUUUCCGGCAUUCUAUCUGUUGUCUAUAAGAAUUGAUGCAGCAAGAUGGGAAAUUAUAGCUGAUUUGUUAAUCAUUAAUUAUUUUAGUGAAAGUUAUUGGUAAUUAGCAGAGUGUGCAAGAGUGCAUGUCUUUAUUAGCUUUCAGCAUUUUUGUUUUGAGAUUUAUACCACAACCUAAUGGUUUUACUGUUUUUCCCCUUGUCAUUACAGGUCAUACAUUACCUUUGAUAUUUUACGAAGAGUGCUUCAGUCAUAUUUUAACUAUGAUGUGUUUUAUGUGAUGAAUAUCACAGACAUUGAUGACAAGGUAUGUAGCUUUCAGAUUUUAUUGUAAUUUUUUGCAAGAAGGCCUUCAAAUGUGAUGAUAUCAAUGCUGAACUCAUGGGCCUGUGGUUAAGAAUUUGAACUCAAGACUUCUUUGAAACAAAAUUUCUGACCAGUGGUCGAGGGCGGGCCUUGAACUGGAUGGCAACAAGUCCAGUGCUUGAACUGUUCAACCAUACUGCUUUAUCAUAGAACAUUUUGACUGUAAAAUAUCUGUUCUAUUGGCCUUAGCUCGAGCACAAACCUUUCAUUUUGAACAGCUAUGAAAAAACAAUGUUCCAGAUGAUGUUUCAAAAUUUCACUUUAGAUAUAAUGCCAUGCGUAAGCACUUGUAAAAAUUGAAAUUUUCACACCUUUGGAUUUCAUUCACAUAACAUGACAGUCGGCUCUCUUAAUGGCCACCUCUAUAAGAAAGACACCUUGAUAAAAGGAACACCGAUAGCUGGUCUCCAGGGUUUUCAUUAAGUGCUGGCAGCCGGCUAAAAAACCGGCUACGUGGAGGUUUGAGCUGUCUAUUUUUAGUGGAAAUCUAGGGUAAAGCGAGAGAGUGAAAGCCUGAAAUUGCCUACAGCUCUUAGUUACCAAGCCACCUUCUUUUAUAUCAUGGCUGUCUACUUUAAAAAUUAAUGAAAACCCUGGCUGGGUCCCUGCCUUAAUUACUCCCUUAAUUUGACUCUCUAUAUAAGACAGACAUCUCUUCAAGACAGACAUUUAGUGGCAGUCCCAAAUGUGUCCGUGAAUUGACUGUUCUUGACAGUUAGAACCACACCUGGAAGUGAAUGUAUGUGUUGACCAGGUCACUGGAAAAUUUUUAACUUACAUGCAGAUUGAUCCUAAAUAUCCUUUGUCUCCUAUAUCCCUAGUUAUUAUAGCCUGCAUGUGUAGAGGUGCCCCCUCUCCCCGAUUUUUUCUAAGGGUAGGGGGGUUUUUGUACACAGUCUAAAGUAAGUUAUUCAUAAAUUAGGGCUUGGGGACAAAGGAAGUUGAGAAUCAAACUUUACAGUGACUGUCAUUAAAAUUAUUUUAGCCUGUUGUUAAUUUUGACCUAAAACAUAUCUUUGAUUUUAAUUUAUUCAAAGUCGAGUGAAUUAGUGAUUAAUCUUAAAUUUUUCAGAUUAUUUUCAGGGCCAGGAGAAAUCAUUUGUUAGAGAAAUACAUUGAGGAGAGCAACACUUCUGAGAAAAUUAUUGAAGAUGUUAAUACCGCUCUUGAGGUAUAAAAUAUGCACAAAACAAAUGAGUAAUAAACCAUCCUCUAUUAAGCACCUCCGAAAAUAAUCCCCGUUUUUUAGGGGAACAAAGUUAUUAAGCCGUCCCCCACUCUUUUAAGCCCCCUCCUCGCCUCCUUAUUCUUAAAUGAUAAACUUUAGUAUCAAUGUUAAUAACAAUAUUAUUAUUGUAACACUUCAUGUUGGCUGAUCUAGCUUGUACAGGUUUAUUCAUGUGCUGGAAGUUUAGACUAUUUUAUCUUUGGCUGUUUAACCUCCAACUUCAUGUACCUGAGUUUUUCCCCUUUGUUUUCUGGUUCUUCAAGGGAAAUUGAUAUCAUUGUCUUUGCCGAAGUAAAUUGAAUUUUCCACAUUCUGAAAUUCUGUACAUUCAGUCUGUAAAAUGAUGAGACAGCUAGCUGCAGUCUUAAUCAGUCCAAAGAAUAGCCUCCCCGCAGACGUCCUUUGGGGUUCGUUUGUCAGGCAUUCAUUUCUCCCCCAAGGACAUCUGCUAAACACAGCCGACAUUUAUGUUCUGGAUUAUUUGAAUAAGCCAAUAAGCGGUUAGUUGUUGUGUCACGAUCAGCCAAUCACGCACUGUGAUAUAAGUGAAAUUUCAGGACAAAUUUACGACAUACAUAACAUGUUAAUCUGUUUUAAAUGUAUAUUACCAUUUCUUAUUUCAUGAACUCUACUGAUUUUUUCUUUCAGCCGUACUCAAAAAAAAUGAAGAACACGACAGAUGAAGAUAAGAAAAAUAUGUACCUUAGAAUUAUUGUAAGUCAUGCAUUUUAUUGUUGAUGCAAUGGUGUUACCCUGCAAACCUAUAAAUUCAACUUCUUUAAUACACAGAAAACUCAUUACAUAUAAUGUCCUAUUCGGCUUGUUGGUAAUAUGUGUGGAUAUUUAAUACAAGAUGCAAGUUAUUUUUCCAAAUAAUUAAGCAGUGAGUAAAAUGUGCAAGUGUAAUAUCUACCAAAACAUGGCGGAGAAAUUAUGUUUAUUUUUAUUUUUCCUUCAGGAAAAGGUGAAAUCUUCAAUUUCAAAGUUAAAAGAUUUACAUUUAUCAAGUAACUCUGAGGCUGUAAAGGAAGCAACUGAGGUAUGAAAAGUUGCUUACAUAGUAAUAAUAAUAUUAUUAGUACAUUAAUUACUCUGUUAACUUUUUAAACAAUUUUAAUAAUGCAUUCAAUUUUAAUUAACAGGAGUUAUUAAAGGAGGCAAGUGAUCCAUUAUCGGCAUGGCUGGACUCCCAGGUAACAGAAGAAACUCACAAUUUAGCUGUUGAAAUUUCUGUCAUGGUGAAAAAGUUACAUGUGAUCUUUACAUCCUCUAACUGUGGUAAGCGACAGCAGGAAGAGGUGGCGGAGGGGAGGGGUUAUUGGCUACCUGUGCAUGGUCCCCUUUCUUCUUACUCCAGUUCAACUUAAUCAGCUGAGUUGCCUUGACAUACCCAUUCAUUAAAGGGGCAAUGUCACAAGAAUAUUGCUUUUUAGACCAAUUUUUGCUGAAUUUAGCACAAAAUUGGCAAAAAAUUGUACCUUUACCUGUACACAAAAUGUUUUUGUAGAGUUAUGACAAAGAUAUCAAACAAGUAAUUAAGGAGCACACACCAUAAUAAUUUUCUGAUGAAUUUUGCAGGCAUUUAGUAUUAAAAUCUGAAAAAUUUGAUUUAUUGUUUCAAAUUUUCAUGUCAAUAAUAGUCUAAAACAGCAAAACUGUACCAUUAUUUUUGAAAUUCAAAUUGAAGCAAAAAACCUUGUAGCUUGACAAAAAUAGCUCCUUUGUCUCAGAUCUAGGGUACAUUAAUUUUUGUAUCUGAAGUGCAGCCACAGGCCUACUCAAAAUCCUGAAUCCACCCUCCAUCCCCUCCCAUUGCUUGAUUAUCUUUCUAUAAAAGAAAGAGGCUCAACAAUAUGAAAACUUUCCUUUCUUUAGUAUAAGAGCUUUCAUAAACUCCAGUCACUGAAUAAAAUCCAAAGUUAAUGGCAAUUUUUAUACAACAUGUUAGAAAUUAAGGGAAAGUUCAUUUAAUAUGACAAGGGGGGGGGAUGAAGAUAUUGAGGGGGGGCUCCGAAAAUUUUUAGACACCCGAAGGGGGGGCUCUGAAAAAAUUGUUGCGCUUAGGAGGGGGGGUCCGAAAAUUUGUAUACUUCAAAACCAACACAUGACAUCAUCAUACAGAUCAGAUGGUUUUCAACUCAACAAUUUAAUGACCUGUGCAACUCAGCUAUAUCACAUGGUUUACGGAUGUAACAAAUGUAGUCUCAGUAAUUAUUACACUCUUGUUCAUCCCAAAAAUGCUUUAGAAAAUUGUAUCACAACUGUAUCUCAAGUUUGUCAUAGUAUAAACCAUUGAAGACAAUAACGGUAAAUAUAUUUAAUACAGUCUAGCGAUCCUUUUUCAGGGGAGCAAAGGAAUUGAAGGAGGAGAGGGGGGAGGGGGCUCUGAAAUUUUUUCGACUACCAAGGAGGGGGCUCCUAAAAAUUUGAACCGCUAGCGAGGGGGGCUGCUAAAAUUUCAAGCUUCGAGUUUCAAUAUCUUCAUCCCCCCCCUUGUCAUAUUAAAUGAACUUUCCCUAAUUAACAAUAAUUUUAUGAAUGAAUGAGGCUGAGUAUCUUAUGAAGAAUUAUGGAGAUCGAGGCCGUAGGCCGAGGCGGAUAACACCCUCUGAGAUCCCCAUAAUUCUUCAUAUGAUACGAAAGCCGAAUUCAAUAUUAUUGUUUUAUUAUUCAGUCAAAAUAAUUCCUAGUUUAAAAACAUGGCUAAAACAUGCUUACCUUCAUCGAUCCAUCGAUGUUAAGUUCAUCUUCGAUAGUGCACGUUUAGGUUUGUCCAGCUCCGCAAAUAUUCUCCAAAUAGCAGAUGUCGCCCUUCGAGUUGUCUUCUUGCUGUUCUUGCCAUGUUUUUAGUUAUUUUUUCGGCUAGUUCUUACUCUUGAAACGAGUGAAAUGUCCGCCAUUUUUCAAGUUCACAACCAAAACAACUCAACCUCGUCCCCAGGUCUUCUCGGUUAAGAGUGCCUUAACCUGCACGAACGCUGCAUUUUUGACGUCAUUUCCUCGUUAAACACAAAAUUCUUCCAAAUUUGGUCAUCAGAAACUGGUUAUAUGGUGAAUAAUGCAUGUACUUUUAGCCAAUCAGAAUCGGGGAAAUAUUUUGAAUGAAUAAUAAUAUAACUUAAAUGGCAUGUAGUAUAUAAGAGCUUGUGAUUUCUUUUUGUUUCAGUUUGGCUCAAAUGUGACAGACCAUAAAAUAUUUGCAAAACUGACCCAGCACUGGGAGAAAGAAUUCCAUGAAGAUAUGAAGGCACUUAAUGUAGGUGCAUGGUAAUCUACCUUGCCUUAUUCAUUAUCAUUGUUACCUUAUAAAAAAGGCAAUCUCGCAUAGCAUACCCUUAAUGACUCCCCUGUAUCAGUAUGGGCUCUAGCUGACAGUCCUUUGACCUUUGAGUUUAACCAUGCAUUUUUCUCCAGAUUCUUCCUGUAGAUUGUUUAACACGAAUCACACAGUAUGUCCCUGAAGUUGUCACUUUCAUCCAGAGAGUGAUUGACAAUGGUUAUGCGUAAGUAUUGUUGUAAUUUCUGCUAUCAUUAUGAAGCUAACCCAUGGUCAGGUGCAUAUAGUUAACCCACUAACCUUGUGUUACAAGACAGGGUUCUAGCAGUAGUAUUAGGUUGUUUUUUAUGUAGCUGAGGCUUAAUUUUUUUAUGCUUCUUCUUUGUCCUAAGAUGGUAUUCCCCUCUCUUCUUGUCCCAAGGGUUUUUUAUUGUUGUAAAAAAAGUCAGUGUAAUUAAGCCCUGUGCUGUGGCUAGAUCUAUCAGCCAGUUAACGUGCCUUGUUUUUUAUUGAAGAUAUCGAGGUACAUGCCAUUGGAAAAAAGCCAUAAGUGACAAUAAACAAUAAUUAUUGAUAAUAGAUUGCCCAGUAAUGUAAAUUCUCUAUUUAAUAAGGAGGUUUUUUAUUGAGGGGCCGGGGGAAGCAUGCUUAACUUAAGGGGGGCUUAUUUGAGAGGUGAGCUUAUUUAAUAUAGCAAAAUGGAGUGCUAUGCCCACUUUUUAAAACAACCAGAAGUGGAAAACACAAAGUGGAAAAGCUCAAGCACAUGAAGUGGUAGACUAUACAGCCAAAGGAACUUUCAUCUUGUGAAUCAACAAUGCAGGAUCAGAAAGUCCACAUGAAGUGUUACAGUCGUGAUUCAUUGUUACAAAAAAUAUAUCAUAUUUGGUUUUGAUGAAUUAGGGGGGAGGGGAGGGGGCUUAAUUGAGAGAGUGGGCUUAAGAGAGGAUUUACUGUAUUUGCUUUUAAAACAAAAGAAGAGUUUGACAUUUGGUCAAGAGUCUCUCUGAGUCUUAUUCCAUGUACCCAGUCAGUUGUUAUUGUCUAACGUUGUUUCUGCUCAUGCAAAUUCUUGCCUCAGCUACGACUGUAAUGGAUCUGUAUAUUUUGACACCAUCAAGUUUGCGUCUAGUGGUAAACACGCUUAUGCCAGAUUAGUCCCUGAAGCAGUGGGUGACCUGGAUGCUCUUGCAGAGGGAGAGGGUAAUGCCAAAUAGUUGUUUAUUCUAUCUACUGUAUUAGAAGUGUACUGUUUCUAGUUGUAGUUUCCAAGAACGUAAAAAUGAUUUAGUUUUCACCAUUUUUUAUCUAUGAAAUUGAAAUUUGUGUCCCCUGAAUGAAGGCUGGGCACGGGUUUGUUAAUAAUUAACCAACCAAUAAAAUAUUUUAUUAGAGCCAAAAAAGGCAUCUGCUCUUGCAGGUGACAGAAUCUGCUCCAGUCAUUAUUUAAAGCAGCUAGAUAUAUAAAAAAACAUGAUUAACUUAUCCCUGUGAUGUUGUGUGUUGAAUUCCCACAAGUGCAAUACAUCGAUUCAAGUGAGUUAAUUCAUGUUUUGAAAGCUGUUGCCCAUGAUAUCAAAUGAGCACUUAAACGUACCGGUCAGUCAUCAGUCUUAAACUUGUGGUCAGUCACUUUUUGAUUGCUAAGGUGUUCCCUGAAUGCAGGUUAAACUUGGGUUUUGGGACCCAGAAAAAGUGUCUCUUUCCCCUGAAUAGAGGUGUCCCUUCAAUAGAGGUAACAGAUACAAAGAUGUGAACAUUUUUCUGUGACCAAAUUUUGUGUCUCCUGAAGGGAGAUGUCCAUUGAAUAGAGCUGUCCCAAAGGAGAGUUCCCAUCAGGUAUCUCCAUCUUUAGUAAAGAUAGAGAUAGCUGACUUUGUUUAUAAUUUGACAGUGUUUUAUGCAGGAUGUUUUUCACGUGAACCAUAGUUAAUGGUCUUAGCUUUUAAGAUCCUUCCUGUUGCUUAGUGGCAGAACAUCUGAACCGGUAACCAGAAGGUCAUAGGCUCAACUCCCUGUUGGAAGAAUUUUGAUUUUUUAACGAGUCAUCUGUCUCUCCUGGCUGAUGAAACGUCAUUCUCAAACUGAAAAGGUGUUUACAAUGAGGAUAAUCCCAGCCUGGAUUCAAAAGUUAAUUCUUGUUUUAAUUCAUUUUCCCACUAGGAGAACUUAGUCAAAACCCAGGGGAUAAAAAAUCUGAUCGUGACUUUGCUUUGUGGAAAGCCAGCAAACCAGGAGAACCAGCCUGGGAUUCACCUUGGGGAAAGGUACUCCGCUCAGUUAGCUUAUAUAGUUCAAUUAAAUAAAGCGGCUUUGAUGGGAAAGUGUUGAAUUUCAAAAUUUAUUUGUUUCUGAUCACCAUUUUGAUAUUAUAAUAUUAUCCUAGCCUGGGUCGCAGAUGUAAUCUGUAACUCCGGUUAUUUAGCCCACGGAACAGGCGCUAUUUUUUUUCGUGUUUUUCAGAGGAAUGAAGCACGAAGCGCACGUUAAGCGCGAGACACGCGCGACAGGGUAAGGAACACUUCGUGUCUUGCCUUCGCUCGCUUGAAAGACAAGAGAAACAACGCUUGUUCUGCAUGCUACGCUUGUUCUUAAUACCUCUAGAUCGAGCCUAAGAAACACACGGAAAUUUACGCCCGUUUUCAAGACGAACAAAUUCCGUAAUAGUUUUAUUACGUCCAACGCCCGCAAAGCUUAAACUGUGUUCCAGAUCUAUAGUUUUAGAAGUUUCGAUUGCUUUUGAUGUCGACUUCUACUUUUUAUUUUUUUAUUUUUAACAAUCAUAAUUUUACUGUAGUGUAUUCGUGUAUUGUUUCUAUUAUUCGUUUCUUUCAUUUGUAUUCAUAAAUUAGUUUAUUAGUGGUAGUAUUUUUAAGUAGUCAUAAUUAUUUGUAAAUAAUCGCCUAAUUCAACCUCCCGGUCGCGAUGUGAUUAUGAAUGAACUAUCUAUCUAUCUACGGUCACCAACCAGAAGUUUAGUUUAGAAGUUUAGUUUGACGAAGGCUAUCCAGUUCCUUUUUAAGGCUGACUACAAGAACAGCUUACCAUUGAUAUCUUCUCAGUCACCUUGAGGCAGUCUGCAAUUUAACUCAGCUCUCCUCCAUGCAUACUCUCUGCAGUAUACCUGCAUGCUUUGAAGGCUAUUAUUCGGCGGCACGAUCUUUUAGCUUUCACUUAUUGAACUUGCUCAGCUUGUUUAAAAGACUAGCUUUUUGUCAUUUUGUAUCCAACAUAUCCAACUAAUUUGUUAGGGACAACCACGUUAUAAGUCGGCCCCAGAAGCUAAAACGUCGGAAUAUAGUAGAUUGCCCUACCCUACCCCAGUUACCGGGUGUUUUCAAGUUGCUGUGUCUACAUUUUGAAUAGCAAUAAAUAUUGUCAAAUUAAGAAAAAGUCUUGGAAGAAGAAAAGAAGCUAUUGUAGUAGUUGACCUUGCAUCUUUGACCGCUGUACUGCAGGGCCGGCCAGGAUGGCACGUAGAAUGCUCAGUUAUGGCGAGGUUUGUACAUCCUCUGUUUGUCAUUCGUUCAUUCUCUUUCCUUGUUUAUUUUUGGAAAAAACAGCUUCAUAACUUAAAGCAGUGGUCUUGAUGCGCAUACUCAAAGAUCACCUACUUAGUGUAGGAAUAUAACUUAUAAGCCCGUUGGACGAUAUUCGUUGGCCUAAAAUUGCUGUAGUUUCUAUUUGUGUGUGCUCCCGUGACGCUUGUUUUGCAAGGAAACAGUUCUUUCAGUCUGGAUGUUUUUCACACGUGUUUUCCUGGUAAAGUGAGGUCCAUAUCAACAAGUAUUCUCUUUAGAGGUUGGUGGGCGUGUUUGGAGGGUUUGCGGUCAUCUCGCCACCAAGGUAAUCCCCCCCAAGAAGUCUACUCGUCACCACAUUAUAACUCUGAAAUAAUUGACACUGUUUACUUACCUGGGAUUGGUACUUCUUGCUCAAAUAUAAGUUUAUCGAUGUUAAUUGACACCUUGCGUCGGACCUCUCAUCUUAAGUUUUAUUUUUUAAUUUUUUUUAAAUACCUUAAUACGGCUUAUUUGCAUCGCUCGAGAGGUGCAAUCCAACAGCCUUACUUAUGAAAGUUGGUUAAAAUUGUUACUUGAACCUUACCUCCUUAAAUUUCAUUGUAAAUUUAAAGUGAAAGAAUUCUUUUUAGAGACUUGUCCUUUCAGUAAGUAUUAAGAUCUAUAUUUAUUGGUGGCGAGGUGGCCGGAUACCUGCAGGGGUAGGAAAAGACCCAAUCUUUUUUAGCAAAGGUCGUCCCCUUUUAGUCAGAGACCUUCUGUUUGCUUCUGAUAUAAUUACUUAAUUUUUUUUGUUAAAUUUUUGUUGUAGCGCAAUAUUAGGUAACUCAAUUGACAUUCAUACCGGAGGAGUGGAUUUGAAAUUUCCACAUCAUGACAAUGAACUUGCACAAUCUGAGGUUAGUCUAAAAACUACAUGCAUCACACUGUAUAAGCUACAGAACGUUGUAAACACCUCAUGCUGUAGGUCUCAAGGAAUUGAUCCGCAAAUUUACGUUGCACAGCAUAGCAAAAUAGUACACUAUGGGAAGAUUUUUUUCGUGCAUGACUCCAUAUUUAGGUGAAUGGUUGUUAGCAGCACACUGGACAUCAAAUCUGAAGGUCGGUGGUUUCAGAUGUUGCAUAAGAAACACUUGUGAAGGCAAAACCACAACGACAAACCAGUGAGGGUCCACCGGAUCUUUAGUAGACCUGGAUCAGUAAAAUCUUGAGUACCAAAUUUUAAAAUUAGAACAGUAAACUGAUCCUUACGGCAGGAAGAGUGAUAGGAAAAAUAAAGAAAGAUAAUAAAAACAAUAUGGUGAGUUAUACAUAUUUGCCCGAUAUUUCGGUGUGCAACACAAACCUUCAACGGGGGCUAUGAAAGCAAAAUGAAUAUAGAUAGAAGAUGAACGUUACAUAUGAGAGAUUCGAAUACAUAGCAAACAGAAAAAUGAUAGACCUUUGCCUUUAUCUCCAAGCUGUCUCUCUUAACGAAGGCCUCCGCCAUACAUUUCCUUUAACCACAUAGAUGAAAGAGUUGACCCAGGUAUAAUAGGUUUGUUGUUUCCUUGUGAUGAAUAGCUAAUAUCCCUAGCAUUCACCAAUACUCCAAGUUGCUAAAUGUGCCACAGAGAACUUGUUAAGCUUGGGCUGCAUGGGAUUUCUGUGCCUCACGCCAAUGAUUAAAGUUUAAAAUUCUAGUGAAAUUAAGAACUGAUUCUAAACGCAAAAUAACUUUUGGCAGGCCCAUUACGGUGUGUGCCAGUGGAUUCAUUACUUCCUACAUGCUGGACAUCUGACCAUAGAAGGAUGCAAAAUGUCCAAAUCUCUGAAAAACUUCAUCACAAUCAAGGUAUGCCAAAUGUCUGUCAGACUACCCUGCGAGCAGAGGUUUCUUUCUCGCGUGGCUUUUAGCGUUUACGAAGUCGUUCGCGUGGCUUGUCUGUCGCGUUGUUAGUUUUUUAACCACGCGACAGACAAGCCACGCGAACGACUUCGUAAACGCUAAAAGCCAUGCAAGAGAGAAACCUCUGCUCGCAGGGUCGUUCAGGCAACAGAGAAUUCUCUUUUGGUUCAGUGUAUAAAUGGUAAGUUGUUUAUUGAUCGCUAUUGGCCCUAAGGUUGAAAAAAAGAAAGAAAAGAAAAAAAACUCAGGCGACAAAUUUAAAAUAAAGUAUACGAGCAAGUAUAGUAUAUUGUCUAAGCAACCUAGGCGGACCGCAGCUCCAGGUCAAAAUUAAAAUCGCAAACACUGUAAAAUAUUGUUAUUUUUUCCAGGACGCUUUGAAGAGGAAUUCAGCUCGGCAAAUUAGAUUUGCUUUUCUGCUUCAUGCGUGGAAUGCUACGUUGGAUUACAGCGAAAAUGUGCUACGAGAAGCGGAACAAACGGACAAGCUGUUUAACGUAAGGUUAAAUUUUUGCCAUUACUCCUUGGGAACGGCUCAAUAAAUUCCUUCCAACCAAUGUUACAAGCUCCUUGGCAGCAGAGGAGUUGUGUUUCAUCUUGAUCCUAGUUUAACUCGCGGUUCGACUUAACAAACAAACGUCACCGAUGAUAGAGUCAUGAAGUCUUGGUUCAAGUCUCGACAGAUAAUCGUCGAGUCUGGGUAGGAACGAUUGUGGCCCGAAAAGUGAUGUCGGAAAGCGGAGAUUUGCGGAUGAGGCACGAAGUAAGCAAACGAAGAUUACAAAGAGCUCACGAUAUCUCCUUUUUCGCUGUCAUUGUUCUCUUUUUCGUUCCCAGAGCUGUGUUCCUUUUGGUCAGCAGCAUGGAUCGAGAGCCAUGGCUGAAGCCGAAGCUGCGGAAGUCCGCACAAAUCACGGACUUCCGUCUGUCUAUACAGCCUCAGAAAUUUGAAACAAUAACGGUUAUCAGAGGUUACAAAAAUGGGAAACUAGUGCGCUUGUGUGCUGUUCUGGUCCCAUUUAGAGCUCUCAAUCCGUCGCGCUGGCCAAAAGGGUGGCAGCUCGGGAGAGGAAAAUGUCAUUGCUUUCAAAUCAAAAGGGACAAUCGUUGCAAGAAAUCGCUUGCAUUACAAACGCAUCCGUUUCUAGUGAUUCCAUUCCAUAAUCAGAUUGGUUGGUACAGCUGCACCGCUAAUUUAACUGGAAUUAAACUGGAAUCAAGGUUAAACAUGACCCCAUUGCUCCGUAGUGGUAAGAUCUGGGCCUGGAAAGUGCUCAAUCAGUUGUCAAAUUUCAUUUUCAAUAAUAGUUAUGCAAGUGAAGAAAACAUUCAUUAAAAAGUAAAGCAUGAACAAAAGUGCCGUGUUUGAAAUGGAGCUCUGGCUUUCCAAACGUUUCGGACCUGGCCCUUCAUCAGUUACCCUUCGAGCAGAAGCUUUUCGAUCUUAUCCGGAAGAUCGAGGGGCCUCAGAACCGGUGCAACGCCAUGAAUUAAAAAUUUAAACGUUGUAACAACACAGCUAAUAGCUGUGCAGCUGAAUUAAACCUGGUUUGUGCGCCGUUACGUUCAUUCAUACAUUCGUUUGUUCGUGCUUUUCCUUCGCGCAUGCAUUAUAUUUUUUGGCUGCUUUAUGUCCAUUCAUUCACACUUUCUUUCGUCCGUCUUGUGCGUCGUUUCUUUUAUUUCCAGAUAUCGUAUUUCUAUUUUUGUGUGUUACUUUUAUUCACUGUUUUUGUCAUCUGGACUCUUUUAUCUUUCUACGUGAUUUAACACUUGGACGAAAAUUUUAUCAGUCUUGCUUCUCCUUUGUUUUAGGAUUUUUUCUUAAAUGUGAAAGAUAUUCUUCGAAAACCCGAGGACAUGUCGCCAUCAGCUCACAACUAUCAUGAUUUGGAACAAGAUCUUCAAGAAAAGUGAGAUUCAAUCUCUUACUCUUUUUCAGAUCAGUAUAAGAUUCUAAGAAACUGCCUACCUACCCCUCCCCUAACUCAAAGUUCACCGCCACUUACUUCUCCCGUAAGGCAAAACGUUUGACUGGGGGGUGGGGUAGGUGGGCAGUUUACCAGAAUUUCAUACCAAUCCCUAAUAUCUUUCUCCACAUGAACGGUGUUCAUUUAUCUGACGAAUUCGAAAUUUUAUUUUUAGAUUCCUUGCGAAGAAAGCAGCGGUCCACGAAGCUUUGUGCGGUACGUUAUGUAGGGUCGUGAUUCAAAGGGUCUAAAUUAAAAAAUAAAGCUAAACUAAUGUUAUCGAUUACAGGGUGGACAGUUCAAAGAACUGAGUAAACUUUGGCCUUUUAAGUGUCCCCAACUAAAUAGAAACACUUGUCCAAUCAACUUGGAAAAUUAGAAUGUUGGUUUUUCUUAGGAGUGGGGAAAACCGGAUUACCCGGAGAAAAACCCUGGGGGCAGAGUAGAAAACUAUACAACUAACUCAAUCCUCAUAUUGCGUCAACACCGGGAUUUUGAACCCGCCGGGCUACAUGUGUUGGGGGCAAAUGCUCUCACCUCUGCGUCAUCCCUAUUGCCCUAGGGAGUGAUGGACCGGGAACAUCCGUGUUUUCUAAACACACAGAUCUGUUUUGUCUCCUUUGUUGACUCCAAGGGCUCAUGAUCCUGGAGCAUUCAUCAUGCACAGCGCGCUGGCCUUUCACUAUCCAUUUUUAGAGUUCUUUGCCCGCCAAAUUCGCUCUGCUGAGUCAAAUUGCACUGGAAAACAAAGACAUUGAGUAAUUUUGAAUGUGAAGUACAGUAGAAAGGGGUCUUGAGUAAUAAAUAAACCUGUUAGCUUUUCCUUAGCUAUAUCGCUGUAACCGGUUUUUAUGGGCACAUUCUAGUGUUAUUUGUACCGUCCUGGAUGCUGUUUAUUGACAAUUAGCAUAUGCCUUCACUUGAGCAUGACAGUGAUGAAAGAUAUGUUUGCAUCGUCAGAUUCGAUUGAUACACCUUCGGCUUUGCGGCUCAUGCAAGAUCUGGUGAAACAAGCGAACAUCUACAUCAGCACCAAAAAAGACAAAAAGGAAUCGCCAAACCAUCAACUAAUCGAGGGAAUUGCCAAGUAUCUUACCCGCAUGCUUAAGGUUCGUCUGUAAAUCACUACACUAUAUAGCGAAAACGGCAAGAACCCUUACCAAAAGUUUAAAAAUUUUGCUGCAGAAACAUUCUUAGUCUGUGUGACAGGCACCUGUUGGUUUAUUGGUUAAUUUUUAUGGAACGCGCGCAUGUCCUCGAAAUUUCUCCUUUUGCCCGAAAUAAAACCGGCGCGUGCAACGCAAGCUAGAAAAUUUUAAAUGACGGCUGUUAGCAGACGAUGUGCUGUGCUUCACGAAGAAGAAAGAAUUAUGAGGCCGACAGCUCUGCAGGGUGAAAUAGCAACGAAAAAGUAGAGUCGUACCACCAUGUCCGACCACAUCUCGUAAACCACUACCUCCCAAAAGUGACCGAGAUCACUUUUCGAUCUGAUGGUUUCAUAGUUUUCCAUUGUUUUUAACCACUUGUAAGCCAGCCUCGUUUCUAGUGAGUUCUCUCCUACGCCGUCGCUACGGAGCGAGACGGGUAGGUCUCAGAGAACCUGGGAACAAGGUUACUUGUAAGCGGCCACUUGACCAUUACAUGGUGUGGUCAAUUAUUGUGGUCUCUUUUGUUUGAGUAUGUACUAAGCAACCAGCGUAUACGACGAAAUUUUUAGUGACAACAUGGAACUGCCCGUAUACGUAACUUAGAAAUUGCACACAAUGUAUUCUCAGCUAAAAAGGAGAAAUGUCGGGACCUCUUGUCGGAAGAGAUUUCCUGUGUUUCGAUUCUCAUAAGCAACCACCUCCCUAAGCGACCGCAAAGUCUUCGCGUUUUGGGUGGUCCCUUACUAGAGGUUCAACUGUUGUACCCUUCAAAGGUAUUGCGGGAGAGUACAAGUAUCUUUUGACAACCUUACUGUGUCUUAAUAAAAAAUCUUUUUAUUUCGUGUUUCUUUCAUAACUACAGGUGUUCGGAGCUAUUGACGAAGAUCAAACUUUAGGAUUUCCUGUAGCGGGCAAAAAUGCUGCAGCUAAUGUAAGAUACGAGUUAAAGUUUAUUUUUCAGUUAAUAAAAAAACAAAAACAUUGUGCAAUUUUUUAAAGGGGCUAUGCACGCUAUUUGCUACCUUUUAAAAAAGCUAAAACUGAGUUGUCUUGUCUGAGUUGUUUUAAUUUCAAAGAUAAUGAUCCAGUUUUAUUAUUUAAGACUAUAUUUCGGCAAUGAAACCGUCUUUCCUAGGCCUGUCAUGGUAAGGAUCGACAAGGGUUGGGCCAACUUUUUCAAGUUUUAAUGCUCUGUGCCUGUAAAAAUCACCAAAGAAAUUACUAUGGUUAGUGCUCCCUGAUUAUUAUAGUUAGUCCUUCCCUCUAACGGAGCAUUUUGUGGACGGGUAUAAAGGCACCAACUAAUGACUUUACCACCGAGUUGACCUAAAACAGAAAUAUUAUUGUGAGAGCUGUUGCGAUUGAAUUUUAUCCUUGGUUUGGAAGUUAUUAUUUUCAAAGAUUUAAACCAAGGAUAAAAUUGAACCACAACAUAACUCCUUUAAAGACGUUUCUCCUUUAAAAAACAAACACCAGCGUCUCGGGUUUUUUUCUCCGCUUUUUUCCAGUUCGAGGAAGUAGCGAUGCCUUACGUUCAAUUACUUGCUGAUUUUAGAGACGAAGUUCGGAACGUUGCUCGAGAAGAGAAAGGUAAUCAGUGCUAAACGUUUUGUCCCUUUGUUUGUCCACUUACUGCCACACUCAGAACUUUGUAAAAAGACACUGCUACUUUUCAUUUCCAGUGACAAGAAUUCUUGACGCUUGCGACGAGUUAAGGGAUGUCAGUUUACCUGAGCUAGGAGUAAAGCUUGAAGACGUUGAAGGUAAACAUCAAUGGUUUCUUUCCUCUUUUUCCGUUUGUGCACACAUCAUUUCCCUCUUCGCUUUCCUUCCGCUACCGAGAGGUCCUGGUAUUGAAAAUGUUACCCCUUCUCAAAAUCAACUAUUCACUGAACUUUUUUGAGAUGAGGUCUUAACAUCCAUCUAAACAAUCCGGCUAUUUUAAACAAAAUUGGCCGCGGUAUAUUUCUGUAGCGUACCUAUUGAAAGCUUAUUUUCAGUUAGUGUGUAAAAAGACGAUUUUGUUCUCAAGUAUAGAGUGAUUUUACGUGACUGGUACAGAAAAUUUCGGUCGUUUUGGUAAAAACGGGAAUAAGAUAAUACCUCGAAAGGUAUUACUUUUUUCCGGAAAAUUUCCACCGGGAUGAAUCGUUCCAUUUGAAUUCUCCACGGUAGCUACAAGUUACAAAAGGGAGUCAGUGGAAUUAGUGCAUAAUAGUUACAGCCUUUAGAAUGAUUUUACUUCACGGGUUAAGUAAAACCACUGUGAAGGUUGUAAUGACUUGUAUUUUGUCUGUUGUACCUGUCACUCUGCUAGGAGGCCACGCUCCUGUCAUAAAGUUCGUUGACAAAGAAACAUUGUUGAAAGAAAAACAACAGCAGCUAGAGGUAAGCCAAAUUGGUUUGCAUAAAGCAGUACUUUCUACUUGUUUUGUAAUUAAUAAAAGCUGUUUUCAACUCAGUUUGUAAUGUAAUCACGUGAAUGCUUAGGUUUUUACGCUCUUUGACUGGCUAAAAAUCUCGUAUGAUUUUUUCAACCAACCAGAAGCAAAGUCAAAUCAAAUGGUUUCUUGCUGGUACGCGUUUUCCCGCCCUUAGCUCUGGGCUACGUCAUACGUUUCGAGAUCUAAUUGGUUCAUUUGAUUUCGAGCGCGCGUUGUAAUUUGUAAGGGAAAUUACUAUAGUUUUAGGGCCAUGUAUACGAGUAAAAUAAGAUGCGUUUCACAUAAGGCGUAAGGCGUGAACUUCUCGUAUGAAUAGCACAUUUCGUCUGAAAUAAGACGCACUGUAUCUAAGUUCAGAAAAAGAAAAAGAAAAUUUUUGUCUUGUGUCGACGUCCUCCAUACAACGUGAAAUUAGGCAGUUUCACGUCGUAGUAGUGACGGCAAAGAAAUGUACAAAAAAGCAUGAUCACGUGCAGAGUUGUGUUGCCAAUCUAAGCCUAUUGCUUUUUGUGCCGUUCUCCUUACCGCCGCCGCCGCCGUCGUCGUCGUCGUUGCUUAAAGUUCGUGCGAGAAAUAAGACGCGAACCAUUUAUACGAGCUGUUCACGUCAUGAUAUCAAUCGUACACUUUCCGGUUAAGACGUGUCCGAUGUAAGACACUUCUUAUUUUUCUUCGUGUAAAUGGCCUUAUUGUUCUAACUUGUUUUUAGGAGCAAGAAAAGAAAAGAAAACAAAAAGAAGAAGCUAAGAAGAAGCUUGAAGCCGAAAAGGUAGAGAUCUUUGACGUGUGCUUGUGGUAACUAAGCCAGGCUGAAGAACUUCUUGUCAUAGUGAACAAGACGGUCCAGCCUCCCGCAAUCGACUACCCAUGAUGUCAAGAUUCUGUUGUCGAUUUCGAGAGUCGAACCGAGAGCCUCCAAGUCUGCCAAUCUAAUAAUGACUCGGUUACUCGGAGUAGCAGAUUAGUUACAAAGAUCCAACGUUCACCAAUAGAACGCUUACUGUAGGCAGAGAUCUUUGGAGCAUGUCAAACCGUUGCCCCUAAAGGUGAUCGCGGUCGCCUACGCCACGCUUCUUACUAAAGCGCUUCAGCAACUGGGGAGUGUUUACUAUUUUGGAUAAGUAAUGUCUAACGAGAGCUGGUGGCACGUGAAGGUUUGAAUCUAUUUUUUCAUCAGUUUACUUCCUAAAACUGAACUUGCGCGUUUCACUUCUUCACCGAAAUGCACCAGACUCAGUCAUCCCUGGUGUCGAUCCUGCAGCUUUACUUCUGCCUCAAGGCUUCCGAAGGUUACCAUUCGAU